GGCCUUACAGCUAGCGCCAACAAGACCACCCCCUCCGAUGCCUCGCGCAUUCAGUCCUCCCAGGCCAAGAGCGGGAAUGACACCGGCAAGGGUUCCUUCCCGUCUCGCGUGCAGUCCGCUGCGGCGAAGAACGCCGCAGGUUCUCCCCCCAGCUCCAAGGCUGGUGGCAAGGCCCCCAAGGCGUAG